ACAUGGAGGAACGUCUUCACCCACAUGCGACAGAUAGUCUGCCUUGUGGCGAAAAGCUUGGCUCGAAGUCAUUGAGUAGAAUAAAAGCAUCCUCUGCAGAGGUAAUAACAGCGUCAGCGCAAUGUUCCACCUUCCUGCACUACUCUUAGCCUUCGCUAGCGUCGCUUCUGCGAUCAAGUCUCUCACCAUCUCAACCUCUGCCCCGGCGAGCAUCUCGGACGUCUCUACUCUCGAAGUAGUGACGACUAUUGUCAACGACGGCGACGAAACUGUUAAGCUCCUCAACGACCCUCGUACCGUUCUCAAUUCAUGGGCUACGGAGUCCUUCACAGUCGUCAACUCAGCUGGGAUCUCUGCAGACUUCACGGGUGUCGCUGUACGCUACAUCCCUUCAGUUGCCGCUAAGAAGGGUGCCAACCACGCGUUCACCGUUCUUGCGCCCGGAGAAUCUGUUUCCGUUACGCAUGAGCUAGGAAACUUCUACAACUUCACCAACACCGGGGAAAGUGGGUACACCAUCACCCCUCUGUCCACCAUCCAGGCCGUGGAAGAUGAUGGUACCCUGACGACCAUUGGCGCUCACGUCACCCCCGCCUCUAUCAUGCUCUCCGGCCAACUUUCCUCUUCUUCGACGCUCUCAUCCUCUUCCCUUGGUGGAGCUUCCGAUGGACGUUCUAGUGCGCGCUCCCUCAGCAAGCGUGCAAGUUACACUUCAUGCUCCUCGUCCCGACAGAGUAUUAAUGCCCAGGCGAUCUCCGAUAGCUCUGUCAUAGCCCAGGCCAGCAUUGACCACUUGGAGGCUAACCCGAGUGGUUCGACCACCCAGACGACGUGGUACGGCACGUUUGCGACGGGCCGGUACAAGGGUACUUUGAGCGCUUUCGAGGGCCUCGUCUCGGAACCCGCUUCUUGGACAUACGACUGCUCGUGUACUGAUUCGGACACGUAUGCAUAUGUCUAUCCUUUGACUUACGGCAAGGUGUACUUGUGCGGAUACUACUGGGAGUGUCCUGCUACCGGGUCAGGCAGUCGAGCUGACACAAUCAUCCAUGAGGGAACGCACUUCCCCGAGAUUUUGGGAACUGAUGAUUACGCAUACGGUGAGACCGCGUGCAAGUCCCUCGCAAAGUCGAACCUCGCGAGGGCGUACUUGAAUGCAGAUAAUCACGCGUUCUUCUCUGACUAUGUAUAAACAUGAGUUUUGUGAGGUAAAUGUGGCAAUAAAGAAUGAAAAGAUGUAUUCUCUUUACUUUUCUUUCAUUCAGGCUCUGCAGCUAAUCCUGUUCGUCACAUUUCCCGUUUCAUGAGCUCCUUUCAGGGGACGAUAAGCUACUAAGGAGUAUGAGUUCUCGC